GAUUUGAACACGAGGAAGCUUCAGCUGUACUCUCUUAUCGCUAAACUAACUCACCUGCACUUUGGGUCCCCGUCGAGUACCGCGGCACAAGCGAGUUGAGGGGAAUACGGAAACGGAAAUCGAAUCAGCCCACCUGCACCUCACAGCCCUAUUUAAUAAUCUGCGCUCCUUCACAUUCUCUGGUGCGUCCAAGCCGCUGUCACACCGACUUCAACACCCUCUUCAUGCCCAGCUGGUUCGAAUCACAAGGACAUGCUCCAUAAUGCCUCCAUAUAAACAUACCCCCCUUCACCAAGCCCCAGAUCCUUCGGAUGUGACCAUCCGCCUCCUCGACCUACCACCGGGGGACAAAACAGGUCUGAUAUCCUGCCACCUUUUCACAACGCCUCUGUCACAGGCGCCAGAGUACGAGGCUGUGUCCUAUUGCUGGGGUGUAGAGAGAGGCGUGAUAUUCAUCGACACCAAUCCGGCACCCUUCCCAGAUGCCUCCGAUGCCCCAACACCAUCCCAACCCCCAGCUUCGCAAGACAUUCUCCCAACCUGGCACCCCCUCGUAGUUCCCGCGUCACUCAUUUCCUUUCUUUACCGGACCCGCGCCAAAAACGGCCAGACACGCACCCUCUGGGUCGACAGCAUAUGUAUCGAUCAAACGAACAUCGCCGAGAGAGAUGCACAGGUUCCCCACAUGCGCGACAUCUAUAUGCGCGCCAAACGCACUCUUAUAUGGCUUGGACCUGCUGCGGACCGCAGCGAGGAGGCACUCCAAUAUGCGUUUGACCUAACGCAGAAAUUGCGCCAUGAAAUCGCCCAGCCUGGAGAGGCGCUGGUGUUGCCUCCGUCAGCGAAAGCCGUUUCGCAAACACGCAUAGAGGUCGGGCACCCGGGUCUUGCCGCGCUGAUCAAGGUGCUAGACAGGCCAUAUUUCGAGCGUGCAUGGAUAGUGCAGGAGGUGGUUGUUUCGCAGGAAGCGCAUGUCAUCAUCGGUGACAACUCUUUGCAUUGGCUAUGGUUCCUUGGCGGGUUCUUGCAUCUAAUGGACAAGCAUGCCUGGGUAUUUGAGUUCUAUCCGGGUCAUCGCUUGGGAUUGUUGAUGGAACUGAGAGUCAGUGGGAAGGAGUGGGAGGAUAAGGUCGAUGGAGAGUGGUUCCGUUUGCUCUCCAGGCAUAGGAGUGUUAAGGCUGGGGACGCACGGGACAAGGUGUUUGCGUUUUGGGGAUUAACAUCCAAGGAGGAGUUCGAGCAGAUGGGAGUGAUGCCCGAGUAUGGAAUCAGUGUUGCGCAGGUGUAUUGGAAGUUGGCAGCUGCGGCCUUAAGACGGGGGCAUGUUGAGGUUUUGAGCGUGCCUAGGAUUGUCCUGGAAGAAUUUGACGAUGACAUCGGUGAUCCCGACGUCGAAAGCAGCCAGCCACACGGCUUCGGCGCUUUGGAUAUGCCUUCCUGGGUCCCAGACUGGCGCUACACCGACCGCACCCCUGAAAGCCUUCUCCGCUUCGAGCUUCCUGGAAAUAACUGGAGACCACCGUACGCGGCGUCCUCCAAUUCAUCCUUCCCAGAGCCCUUUGAUACAUCUUCUGAUGACAGCAUGUAUCCCAAAGAACUCCGGCUCAAGGGAUUCUCCAUAGCACGAAUAACGCAGCUCAAUCCUCGCCCAUGGAAAAUAAACAUGCUCUCCGGAAAUCCAACGUUCUACAACCAGGCACGCACCAUUCGCUUUAACCAGCGCCAGAUUGUUGACUGGGAGAAAAUCAUCCGACUACCAGGAGCCUCGCGGACCGUAUAUCACCCCACGGGCGAAACCGUGCUCGAAGCCUGCUACAAAACAAUCACGGCCGGUCUAUACCUGCACGGUUCUGUUUCCCUAACGAAAAAGGCCAUCGAUGCAUUUGAAUCCCGCCAGCGCAUUCUCCGCUUCUUCGUGUUUCUUGGUAUCCAAAACUGGUUGUGGCCUUAUGUCGUCGUAGUCGCAAUCGCCCACUUCCUCCGCUUUUUGGGGGUCGAGAAUCCCGAGUGGAAAUUCCGCAUGCUGGUCCCGGCUAUGACGAAUCGCAAGGCGGCGAGGCUGAUAGCGGAGGAUGGGAAGACGAUGUUUCUGGGACUGGUUCCUGGAUUGAGUCGGGUUGGAGAUGUGGCGGUGUUGUGUGCGGGAGUGAAGGUUCCGCUGGUGCUGAGGAAGAGGGAGGGGUUCGACGGUGGCGAAAGGUGGGAGCUUGUGGGAGAUGCAUAUGUACAUGGGGUAAUGAAUGGAGAGAGGUGGGUGGAUGAUCGAACCCAGUGGGAGAUUUUCCAUGUUGUGUAAUGAUGCCGCCCAGAGGCGUUUCAUCCCAGUGAGGUAGAUCCUCUCCAAACCGCACUAGCCAUCGACUAUAAAGCCCCAGCAUGCGCUGAACCUAGAUGUAUCGUUGAGCCACGGAAUUAGAAUUCGAUAUUUGACUCCUGG